AUGGCAGCGCCCCAUGGUCUAUCCCUGGCCUCCACUGCCCCUUUCAGUCUGCCGCCGGCGACGAAUAUGCCAGAGCAGCACGCGGCAGGGACCAGGGAUCAGACAAUUAGUCAUCAAUACCAGCAAACCACUAGGAAGCUUAGUGGAGGAAACACCACGCUCGCCGAUGUGGUCAACUCGCUUGCGCGUCGGGGCAGCGACGACCUUCCGCCCUCCCGGGUGUCUAAUAUCGACUAUGCUAGCCUGUUAGAGUGGAUUCGGUGCGAGAGGAUGAGGAAGCUACCGCCCGAAGGGAGCGCCUACGAUAAGGCUCUUGUUUGGGCAGCCUUGUUUAUCGAGCGUGUGCAUUCCUUUGAUUUAGAAAUCGAGCAAUUUGCGGGGGACAGCCAUCUCGCGUCCCAAUUAUCCUACGGCUACUGUGCGAGCCUGCUUGAGCUGGGCGAGGAAAACGCUUCCGCCCUUAUGGACCUAUUUGGGUUUUUCUACCGCUGCUCUGCUGGUCUGGGCAACCUGCUCGAUCGUGCAGAACUCUUUGUGGUCUCUUCGGAUAUCAAGGAUCAACUCAUUCUUGCGUUAGCUGAUCUGGUCACUCUCGUCGUCUGUGUGGCUACGCACUUCCAUCGGUCGCUGCUUGCCUCGGAAUCGGUAUCAGUCGAUGUCUAUAGCAGCUUCCCUGGUCCAAUCGACAAUUUUCGUGGUCGUUGUGAGCACGUUUCACAACUUAUGUGGCGUCAUCAAUUGACCCGAGAGGGUCUUGAUGGCGAUAAAGCUGUCCGCAUCAAUACCCUGAAAGACUGGUUGCAGCCCGAAGACCCGGUAGUUACUCAAAUCACUGAAGCCACGACUCCCUCUGCUCAGGAGCGCGAGGAGGCCACUUGCAUGUGGGUGAAGCCAUAUCUGAUGCGUUUCUUGAAAGGCGAACAGCAGAUUCUUUCCAUCACCGGCAAACCGGGCUCCGGCAGGACAGUUUUGUCGACUGUGAUCAACGAUUAUCUGCAGUUUUCUGUCAGCGGGACGAGGUAUAUGUCCAUAUUGGCACCUAUCAAUGGUCGGAUUCCCGCCAACACGACCCCGAGCGCGGUCGCCAAGAUGAUCAUGUCGCAAAUGUUCAAUAAACGCAUUGGCAACAUGCAGUUGUAUCAAAUAUUAGCUGAUGCCUACAACCAGAGCAAGUGGACGGUAGACGAAGAGUCGUACGACGAUCUGCUAUGGAAUGCGCUGGGGCGUGCUCUCCAGACUAGUGGAGCCUCCGCCAGAGAGCUAGUCCUAGUCAUCGACGGCAUUGAUGAGGCUAGAUGUGGGGAGAGAGCCCUGUCGCACCGACUCCAAGAGGCCGCAUCCAAGACCCCUAGUGUGAAGCUGAUCAUACUCGGAUCUCAGGCAGUGGACUCGGCCAUCUCUCAGACCGUGGUGCGUGUCACGAUGAGUCUAAUCUUCGACGACAUUGCCGCGGUCACUCGCACAGAGCUUCGCCAGAGCGAUGCAUAUAACAGCAUGUCUAGCGAGGACAAAGAGAUCACAGUGGCUCGGAUCACGGAAGCAUCCGACGGCUCCUUCCUUUGGGCAAAGUUGGCCGCCAAGCGUGUCUGUGAUGAGCACCAGUCGAACGAGGCCGCCCUUUCCAAGUCCGUAGAAAGUAUCGUCCAAGCAGGAUACACGAUCUCCGAUUUCAUCUCCCACACCUUACAGUCCAAGCUAGAUGAGGAUACAAAGAAGAUCCUGGUAUGGUUGGCUACCGCGAACCGCCCCCUCUCCCAGCGGGAACUCGCUGCUCUUCUUCCCACACAGCCUGACAAGGCCACUGUCGCCGAAUAUCGUGACGUUGACAUCCGUAAUAUCUUGAAACCGGUCGCCUCGCUUGUCUUCUUCCACAACAACUUGGUCUAUUUUAGCCACGUACAGGUGCGCACCGGUAUCCUCGAUAUCUUAUCAAAAGGUAAAUUCCUACCUGCAAUCAAGGACAGGCAUGUGGAUUUUGCAAAGAGACUGCUGCUGUACAUAAAGCAGACUGCAAACGACAGCCAUGAGCCAUCCUUGGAACCGCUGAAUGGGCGGGCGACGGAACAUCUAUUGGAGAAGCAUCCUUUGUUGGACUUCGCGCUUCGCUACUGGACAGGUUAUGCCAAGAUUGCGUUCGGAUGCACCAACAGCCAACAGGUCACCAUCGCGAGUAAGACUUUGCGAUCUGUAUUCCCUACCAGCUCCUUUGUACCACUCCUGGAGAUGACUGUGUGGGCAAGCAAGGCGACUCCAUUGCUGCGGUCCAUUCAUAAGAUCCAGACCGCCCUGUACCGACAAAUAUUGAACAAUCAUCACCCAGCCACUUUGCAGGCAAUCAUCUCCCAGGCCCUAUUCCACCGACAGAUCUGUGACAGCGUGCCUAUUGAGAGCAGUCAGAUCUUCUACGAGGCGGCCAAAAUCAGCGACAAGGUGCUGUCUGUGCGCCAUCUCAUCACUUUGAAGAUGACCCAGCUAUUCCUAGAGGCCACGGUCAAUCAAAUCACCGAGUCGAAGACUGAAAUUAUGACCCGGCGCGUCGAAAUGCUCCAGCUACUGGUGGAAUGCCAGAAGGUCCAUCACGGAGCGACAAGUGAGAUGGUGAAAUCUACGUUGACGCAGUUGUCAGAGCAUUAUAACCUCAUCAAGGAAGACCGCAAAGCGCAGGCAAUCAAUGCCAGUUUGGAGGGUUCCAUUGUCGACAGUACCACCCAGCGGAAGGGAUCUCGGCAGAUAGACGAGUCUUUGCUAGUCCACCUCCACGGCCGGAGGCACACGACGACGGAGACAAACACUAUCCUGGAUUUGGAUGGGAUUGAGGCGGAUGAGUUGCUUACAUCGUCUUUGGGCCUAACGACCAAAUCCGAGCGACACAGAGUAGAGGGUAACUCGGCGGACGCCGAACGCACAUACGUUGAGCUAUGGCAGCAAGCUAGCCAGGCAUAUCAUCUCAACCACUCCACUGAGCACAAGGUUUCAAUGCUGCGGACUGCGCUUGAGUAUGCUCAAUACCUCAAAGGCGAGAAAAGAGACAAUGAAGCAGCCUCUAUCCUUGCUGGGGUUUGGGAAGAGUACGACAAGACCACCUCCAGCCCCGAAGGCUUGGUACCCCACUUGCUCGAGCUAGGUCAGGCCAUGAAGUCCGUGGGACUGUCUGUUUUGGCCCUCGAAGUGUACAAAAACUGCGCACGAAGUACUAGCAGCCGGAGCGCCGCCCACAAGGAAGCAGAAAAGCAUAUCCAGUCCACUUCCCGCGAAGUGAUGCGCUCAUCUUCUACAAAAUCUCUGUUGACGGAGUCCACCCUCAAAGAAAUAGUUUAUAAUAGCGCAUGCAGUGACAAGGAUUCCACCACAGCCACAACAACGCUGGUUGACAUGUACAUGUCUCAACACCGGUGGCAUGACGCCACAAAGGUUUUGAAACGAGUGCUGCGAGAUGUGUGGCCAGCGAUAUUUGCCACCUCACUCGAAAAGGUGGUCCUGCCCUCAGACAAUGUUGAGUACUGCAUUGAGCUCGCAGAGCGCCUCGCCAGCUGCUAUCGCUACCGCCGUCGCCCGAUCAAGGAGGAUGAUAUCCGGAAUCGGCUUUAUAUUGCAGUUCGGCGCGAUCGGCCAGCAUCCGGAGAUCAAACUUUGGAGCGAGUCACGGUGAAUCUUCUUCGUCUAUACGAGCGUACAUCCCAGACCGACAAAGUCGUCAAUAUUCACCAGGAUAUACUGCAUGACUAUGCGAAGCGGUUCGGCAAAGAUCAUCCCAUUGUCAUAGAAAAGCUCUGGACUCUGGCCGAGCUGACAACACCGCAGCCCAUUGCAGUGGAUUACUAUCGACAGAUUGUCGAGGUCUUAAGCAAGGAUUCGGAGCACUGCCACCCGGAUGCCUUCGAGCCACUCCUGAUCGUUGCAACGGAGUUCUUGAAGCAAAGUCGAUACGCGGACGCGUUGAAGCCCUGCCGGAUGUUAUUCACCACCCUGCAGAGCCCUCAGAUCAGCCUGAAAUUGCGAGAACCAGGAUUUGUCAAAAGCAUCUACGAACGCUACAUUCAUUGUCUACGCGCGACUCACAGUGACACCACCACCAUCCAUGAUGUGACGGUACAAUAUCGCAAAUCAUGCAUUAGCCUCUUCGGUGCGAGCGCGUCGAUCACUAUACAGGCAACCCAGACACUGGCGAACAUUUGCCAAGAGUCCAAGCAAUUCGAGGCUGAAGCUGUCCGGCUCUAUGAAGAGCUCUUGCAGGUCAAAUCUAGCGAAGUUGAAAUCGACCAGCAAGACAUUCGCGCCACCCUGGAUGCUAUCAACGAGCAGCAGAGCGCCUCCUUGACUGCCUCCCAAGUGGAGAGCAUGUCCACAAAGGAGCUACAGAAGGCAUUGUCUAUUCGCACCCAACAACUGUCUUCCAUCCGGUCCAGUUACGGAUGGGCCAACGAGGAAGCCCUGUCGCAGAUGGAAGAGAUCGUGUCACUGUAUACCAAACAAGGGAAGUCACAAGAAGCUGUUUCACUGCUACGUGAAGCAACAAUGCAAGUUCUAUCGACCGAGACACUAUCUAUCAAGCUAAAUGCGGCUGCCAAGAGCAUUGCAUCUGGCUACAUCGCAGCUGGCCAAAUCGGAAAGGCCAAGGAGCUAGCAAAGGAGAUUUAUCAUCAUAUUGUCACCAAGGAUACCACGAACACCAGCGCAUUUGACUUUGCCCAGACUUCAAAAGGCCGGUUGGGUCUUGGUUUCCUGGCUCAACUCGAAUACAGCAUCCGGGAAUCCGAAGAAAACUCUACCACGUUCAACGAAAUUUACGCCGCCCUGACCACGGAGUAUAUCUACUUUGAACAGUUCCGGGAAGCCCUAGGCUCAAAGACUGGGAAGCUCCAGGAUACGAUGGCAACGGUAGCCCGUCUGCAUGCGUUCCUACUUGCUCGCGGCCAUCAGUCGGCUGCCACUAAGGUGGCGGAUCGGUAUACCAGCUUCUUCCUGGCCACCGAGGGGGCCAGCCUGGAUAUUGACCCCAACCAGGCUAAGGUCUUCAUUGAGACGGUCGUGAAAUAUUUCAGCACUCAUGCCUCGCAUGACUUUGUCCGUUCAGUGGCCAUUGCUAGUUAUAACCGUGUGAACCAACUGGUUCACUCUGAAGAUUACCAGGCUGCCUGUCAUCUUGCAUUGGCGGCCACAAAAUACAUCGCUGCCCACCAUGGUUACUCAUCCCAGGCGAUACUCAAGCUGGUGUUUAAGCUGGGCCUUCACAUUGCCAGCCGAGAAAACCACGUACGCCCAGAAGUCUCGGCCAAGAAUUACAUGUCGAGCGUAUCGGCGACUAUUCUGCGUGAUACCCUGGGGUAUUUCAAAGAGCACAACAUUGAGUUCGCAAACCUCAAUCUGGAAAAUAUCAAUAGCUUGAUCAAGGUUCUCGAUAAGCAACACGAUUACCACACCAUGGCCUGGGUUCUCACCUCCCUCUGGAACAGCCGGGACGCGUAUGCUCUAUCCCAGCCUGAACAUGCGUAUACACUUGCGCUCGGGCGCAUGCUGGUCAUUACCCGCUAUCUGAUCGGCGAUUACACUGGAGCCGUCCAGCUUGCGGAGGGUCUUGUCUACAACUGUGCUCGAGUCCAUGGACCACGCCAUCCCAGUACCGUUGAGAUGACCGUGCUCCUAUCACAGAUGUAUACCGGGGUGGCUCAAGGCUAUCAAAGCCAGAAAGGCCGGCGUGAGCUGGCCUACCGAUACUAUCGGAAAGCAGCCGCGCUGCACGAGAAUGCUUUGCGUGUGUUCGUUGACCCGUCCUCGGCAUCUAUCAGCGAUAUGGACGGGGAGGUCAUCUCAGGCAUGUCAUCCCCUUCGUCCGCCUCCAGUCCAGGUGAAAAUUCGGAGGAAGGGAAGCAUGUCCGAAAGCAUCUUCAUAUGCUCAAACUUGCUAUUGAGCGACUUGGAGAUUGGCCAAAGGAAUAUUCGGAGUACGAAGGCCUUAAUCACGAUCUCUUCAGCACAUUCCCAAAUGAUCUGGAAGGAGUCGAUGGUGUCGACAAAUGGAACUUGAAGUCGUUCGGGUCCGGCCGUGCUGAGGCCAGUGAUGACCUUAUCUCCUUCCAACACGAGCAUUUGGCAAUUCCUGUUUAA